GACAACAGGACUGUCUUCUCCCUGAUUAUCAUCAACAAAGCCGGAGGUCUAAUCUACCAGCGGGAAUUCCAACCAGGCCUCCGCAAACUCUCGACAAACGACUAUCUCGUUCUCGCCGGCACAUUUCACGGUGUCCACGCCAUAACCCGCACGAUAACCCCCAAACUCCCCCUCCUCACAACUCUACCAACAGCAACAGCAUCAACAACAAACCCAACCACGACCUCCUCCUCCCUCUCCACCCCAACCAGCACGCCCACCAACAACCUCACCUCCCCUUCCACCACCACCACCACCAUAAACGCCACAUCCACAUCCACAACGACAUACACAUACCCCCUUCCCGGCGUCCCCGCGACUGGGCUUGAAACCCUCGAGACGGAUAAGUUCCGGCUGACGUGCUUCCAAACGCUCACGGGGACGAAAUUCCUGCUAUUUACGGACCUGCAGAUGGGAAAUGUCGAGGUGGUCAUGAACAAGAUCUACGAGUUCUAUGCGGACUUUGUGAUGAAGAAUCCGUUCUAUCAGCUGGAGAUGCCUGUACGGUGUGAGGCGUUUGAUCGGAAUUUGAAUGGGUGGUUGCGGGGGAGGACUUGA